AUGUCGCUGCGCAUCGGUCAAGUGAUCUACGGGAAGAGAGCAAGUUAUCAAGUGAUGGAGCCAUUGAAGAGCCCAACAGUCUUCAAGGCCAAAAUUCUUUCAGGAUCGGAGAUCAAUCAAGAAUGGGCAGUGAUCAAGACAGCCAUCGGGGAUCUCGAGCGGGCUGCCUUGAGACGUGAGUACAACACUUAUCAAAUCAACGCCUUUUCCUCGAACCGAUACAUCCGAACCAUGUAUGAAGCCAUCGGCCCCAUUGAAACCAGCAAUUUGGAUGCAUCGUCGCAUCUUGUGUUCGAAUACAUGGACACUGUUCUACGAAAGGUUCCAUCAGAUAAAGUCCGUGGCACCACCUUACCCCGGAAUAUAUCACAAUCCGUCCUCUCGGCCCUCGAGGUGAUGAGGUCACAACGGAGAGUCCAUACUGAUGUGAAUAUCAACAAUGUACUCAUUUCCGAUCUUAAUGGGGAUUCGCCCGUAGUCAAGCUCGGGGAUCUAGGAAUGGUGAUGCAGGAUGGAUUUGAUGAGCAGCGGCUUCAAAGCCUUCCGUCCCGGGCACCCGAGGUUUGGCAAGGCCAUGGCUGCUUUCAUUCUUCAGACGUAUGGUCAGUUGGUGUUAUGCUGGCGCAAUGGGCUUCCUGGAGAUAUAUUUUUGGAGCGCGCGACAAGAUCAUUGAAGAAUAUCCCGAGGCAUACUGUAUAGCGAAACUCAUGGCCCUUAUCGGGCCCCUCGGGGAUCCUACCGAUCAAUACGCACCGAAUUUUGAGCUAGCUGAGCAGCUCCUUUCAAUGGAUUUUGGUCCUGAAUUCGGCAAGGUUAUCAAAGUGGGUAACUUGCGCGAUGAACUGCGGUCCGUUGCGAAUCCGCCAGUGCCAACGGAACUGGUUGAUUUCAUCAUCUAUCUCCUCACAGCUGAUCCUGAUUGAAGACCGAGUGCUUACGAUGCUCUCCACCAUCCGUACAUUC